GUCAAUUUGAAGAAAGCAAGGUAUCAGAUUCUUCUGGCUCAGAUUUUAUUUUAUCAGAUGAAAUUUAUUCUUCAGAUUCUAACAAUGAUGAUGUUGAUUUUGGUGAAAAACAAGAUCCAAAACAAAUACAAAAAUCACCUAAAAUAAAUAUAAAAAAAUCUUUGCUUAGAAAUCUAACAUUGCCUUUAAAAACUCUCUAUAAAAGUUCAAGAUUAUUUGGAGCAUCAGAACGUAUACUUGUAAAAGGAAAAGACACACAAUGGUUAAUAGAAUAUGAGGAGAAAUUUAAAAAUAUUAAAGUAAAGAUACCAAAAUUUUACAAUAAAUCAAGAAAAAAUUUAAUCACAAUUGAUGAUGAUGAAACAUUUGAAGAUUAUGGAUUGUUAUAUGAUGAUGACUUAAUUUUAUUAACAAAAAAACUUAAAAAGAGAACCAGAUCCAAAGGCAUUUAUAUUUUAUCAUUUAAUACACAAAAUAAAAUAUAUACAAAAUAUGCAGGAUAUGUUACUUAUAUGGAUAAUAAGGAACUUAUUGAAAAGAUUAAACAAGUUUUUAAUAACAUUGGUGAUUCAUACAUUGAUAAAGAACAACUUAGGGGAAAAACAUUUGAGGAAAUGAUACCAUAUAUCUAA